GAAGGGAUUUUGACGCUCCGCCUCUUACGUCGUCCUACCUGCAGGCCUGUUCCUUGGCAUAAUAUUCGGAACUUGCUUUGCACUUCUCUCAUGCUACCCAGCAUCUUGCACUGGACUUCUUAGGACAAUUCACAAAAAAAAACGAGUCAGCACUCCCAGAGCCAACGCUAUGGAAGAAUGCUCGACCUUAAAUGACCUUCAGAAAUGGGAGCGCCUGGUCGAAGAACAGUCAAGCCUCUUUCGUCUUACGCUCACCGACAAUCAAACGCUACGCCUGCGGGCCGACGAACUGGAACGAGAACUAUCGGUGUGGAAGCUGGCUUUCAAGGCUGCCGAAGAUGAAAAAUGCAAUCUACAAAGACACAUGCUCAAGUUGGAGAAAAAUAUUGGUUCAUUAAAGGAUGAUAACCCGCUUCUCCUUUGCCUCAUUGACGGCGAUGGCAACAUUUUCUCCCAAGACUUACUCGCGUCAGGCCAUACAGGUGGCCGGCAAGCAGCUAUGCUACUAACCAAAGGGUUAACAGACUAUAUGGUGGAUGUUGACGCUGGAUCUUCCUGCCGUGGACAAGUUUGGCUGACUGUGUACUGCAAUAAAACUGGCUUGAUGGAUACACUGGUAAACAACGGUAUAUGCAGUGCUUCCGAAUUUGAAGCAUUUGUGCUGGGUUUCAACUCAGCUUCACCGUUAUUCUCUAUUGUGGAUGUGGGUGGGGGGAAAGAAGCAGCGGAUGCGAAGAUUAAAGUUUUUGUUCGGCUGACGCUGAUGUGGUUCCAAGGCGGGCACGACAAUGGAUACACUUCCACAUUAAGUACCCUUGAAAACGAGGGCUUGCUGGAAAAAAUUGUCCUACUCCGUGGAUACAAGACUCUCGCCGCCGAGCUUCAACACUUCGAUUUGCCCCACCUCGAUAUUGGAGGUGUCUUCAUGACAAAGAAACUUCCCUCGUCUUAUACGCAUAGGAGGUCGACGCCUCCAACAGGGGUCACUCCUCAAGAACAUGACAGACAGAGGAUAAACCCUAAAAACUUUCUCGUUGGAACGCAGAGUCCAAUCAUCUCUACGAGCACACAAUUCUGCAGAUAUCUUGAUCCUUCUUUGCGUGAUGUCGAUCUUUUCACAGAAAAUCCACGACCAUGCACAUUUUUCUAUUUGUCCGUGUGCAAGCAAGGUGAUAAGUGCACCUAUGGCCACGAUUACUUUCUUACGGCAGACAACUACGCCGAGCUUCGUGCCAAUGCGAAGAAAAUCUCCUUGCCCCACCAACCUUGUCCUUACGGUGAAAGUUGCCCUUCUGGACACUACUGCCCCAGAGGGUCUAAAUGCGGCUACAGGAAACAAGGCAAAUGCAAAUUCAUCGGGAGAGAGAUGCAUACUCCACUGAAUGACCGCAUAAGCAUAAGUGGACGACCUCCAUCUAGAGCCCAGAGCAGCAACGUCAGCGGGCAGACAGAUGGCACUCCGACUCCUCCGAUGAGCCCGGUUGACAUCAGUAAUUUCGUCGGCUUAUCUCCCUUUGUGCCUCAAGGCACUAGGUGAUUCAUGUGUAGAUUCCACUACGCUGAAUUGUAGUAUGUCUAUAAAUUUAAUGCUAUCGCAUGUAACUUAGCAUACAUAUGAAACGCGGUCACGUGGGUGACACGAUUUUAUUCCAAGUGCAAUAUUUGCUUCCGCCCACUUUUGUC